AAAAAUGGCAACGCUUUGCUUUCUUUUAACGAGGUGGCAAGUGAUUAGCCCACGGAUUUUUUGUGCAUCUUUCUGUGUUCUUUUUAUUCGUUUUGGGAGUUUUUAAAAAUUUUCAGCGAUGAGCAACGCAGAGGCAACUACGGAUUUAUAUUCCACAGAAACCAUUCUGAAAGCAGCGGACGAGGAAGUGGAGAAGGCUUCAGCGGCCAGUAGGAGCAGGUUAUCGGCCGAAGAGAAGAACCCGGAUGGCAAGGAGCAGGCGGUAACGCCGGAGGACGAGCUUAUCUCCAUGGAAACGCUGCGCCCCUCGCCUGUCCAAUGGCCGGAGCGAUUUCCCGGAAUGGACGAGUUCCUCACCAUGAGCGACACGCCGAUCUACACGCGCAGCACGGACUACGCCAACAAUCUGACAAUGGAGGACAUGGCCAAAAUCAAUCAACUAGCCCAGCUCACUCCCGAGCAGCUGAUCGAGAAUAUAAAGUCAAUGCAUGAUGAAAUUUACCAGCUGGGACUGCGUGAGGCAAAGGAGAUGACUCGUGGUAAGCUGCUGGGCAUCUUUGACCGGGAUCGCGUUCCUAAGCGGCAGCCAUGAGGCAGGAUGACUGGGUGAUCCCUGGAAAUGGGACUGCCAAGGAUCUCUUUGAAGUCGAAUUAGGAACAUAGGCGUAGUUUCAUAGUGUACAUAGUUCUAUUUUUAUAGUGCGUUAUGCGAGUUGUGAAUGUAUCGCAAUUUUACAAAGAUAAAUAGGCGUUUGAACAGUAA